GCCAAAAGACAAAAUCAAAUCAUUAUUCACGCAUUCAACAACUUGAAUCCAUUUUGUGUCAUAAUUCUCACAUUCCAACUAUUGGCCAAGUCUAUCUACUUUCACUAUAUAAAACCUAAUAAUCCUUCAUCUUUUCUUCAUAUAGUUUCUCUCAACAUCUAUAUAUAAAUAUUUAGAUUGUUCAUUUGAUUAUAUUUUCCCUUUCAAAACUCUGAGUCUAUUUGCAAUCAUAUUCAUGGACUCACACAAUCAACUUUUCAUCCUCUUAUGUGUUUCCCUUUUACUUCUCUCAGGACAAAUGGGGUUGCAAGUUGAGGCCGGUCGCCACCAUCUCCAUCAUCCUUCAAGAGAAUUGUUCAUUUUUGGAGACUCGUAUGUUGAUACUGGCAACACCCCCAAAAGUCAAGCUGGUUCGUGGAAACAACCUUACGGCAUAACUUUUCCCCAAAAACCGGCCGGAAGAUUCUCCGAUGGGAGAGUUUUAUCUGACUUCAUUGCCAAAACAUUGGGAUUGAGAUCACCAAUCCCUUACAAAUUCAGGAAAAUAGUACCUAAGCAUUAUUUAAAGUAUGGGAUGAACUUUGCAUAUGGUGGUACAGGUGUAUUUGAUACAUCUACUUCUGGCCCAAAUAUGACCGCUCAAAUUGAUUCCUUCAACCAGCUCAUUCAAGAAAAUGUUUACACUCCCUCAGAUCUCUCCAAAUCUAUUGCUUAUGUCUCUGUUUCUGGAAAUGACUACAAUUUUUACUUGGCCACAAAUGGCUCUCUCCCGGGUUUCCCAUCAUUCAUUGCCUCAGUAGUUAAACAAACCACUGCCGAUUUGAUUCAUCUCCAAAGCAUAGGAUUUAAGAGAAUUGUUGUAGGUGCAUUACAACCCCUCGGUUGUCUUCCUCUAGCCACUGCUCAAACAUCAUUCCAAAGUUGCAAUAGUACAUUUAAUGACCUAGUAACACUCCACAACAAUCUAUUGAACCAAUCUGUGACAAAGUUGAACCAAGAAAGCAAUGAUCACAACACAUUCACAAUUCUAGACCUCUUCGACGGUUUUCGGACAGUGUUGAAUAACCCUUCAAGCCAUAACAUCAAGGAACGUUUGAAGCCAUGUUGCUUCGGAGUAAGCAGUGAGUAUAAUUGUGGAAGUGUAGAUGAGAAUAAUGUUAAGAAAUAUUUGGUUUGUGAAAAUCCUGAAUCAACAUUCUUUUGGGAUCGGUUGCACCCAACACAAGCGGGUUGGAAUGCUGUGUAUAGUGAGUUGGAGAAGAAAGGUGUUUACAAAAUAUUGUACUAGAACUAUUUAUGUUUGUGUCAUUUAUUUGGAUUUGGUUUCUUGUUUAAUAAGGUACUCUUAUUUUUAUUAAUUUGUUAAUUUAUCCUUAAAUUCUUCUUGUUUGUAAGUUGUAACUAUUCCAUGUGAUUUUAUUUAAAAGGGUAUAAUGUGUAAAUUGGUUAUUAUUUUUUGAU